CGAGGAGGAUACGUCCACACACUAUUACGCCUCGGACAUAUGAUUUGUAUGUAGACUCGAUCGCUAGGGCUCGCUUUGCUGGGCUUUUGUGGCGGAUCCAAAUGGCAACGACCGCCUGCUUCGUCAUCGUGGGUCGCAACAACAGUCCCAUCUACGAGACGGAGCUGGGAAAUGCCCCCAAGAGGGACGAGGCGAUGCACCAGCAUCAGUUCGUGCUGCACGCGGCGCUGGACGUGGUGGAGGAUGUGGCAUGGACCGUCAACUCCAUGUUCAUGAAAGGAGUGGACAAAUUCAACGAGCUCCUCGUCUCGGUCUACAUGACUGCUGGCCGCACGCGGCUCAUGCUGCUGCACGACUCCCGCAGCGAGGACAGCAUCAAAAGCUUCUUCCAGGAAGUGCACGAGCUCUACAUCAAGAUCCUUCUCAACCCGCUCUACGUGCCUGGAUCCCGGAUCACGUCCGCUCAGUUCGACACCAGGGUGCGAGCACUUGCGCGCAAGUACCUGCUGUGAUCUCUCCAUGUGUUGUGGACCGGGAAUUUUAACUUGAGUGCUUCCUCCUGCC